AUGGCUUCUUACGAUAAUCUGACGACGAUCGAGCAGCCGUGGUCGUUCCGGCCGGCCUUUGCCGCGGAUGCUUGGAUUUCCGAUGUUUUCACCAAGGAAAAUGAUGCGAUAACGAAGGCUCUGCAGAGCUCAUUCACCAGUACUACUACUUCCGACGUUUUCUCCGCCGGAAUGGUCGGCUCUCUAUUCGCUAAGCCGGAUGCAACGCCGACCCCUUCCGGCGGCUCUGAGAACGACGCCCCCGUCUCGAAGCUGCAGUGCCGGAGCGUUCCCACUAGCGGAAGGGUCACGAAGCGCAAGUCGCGCAAGUCGAAGCGAGCUGCGACGACGACGUUUAUCGCCGCGGAUCCGGAGAAUUUCAGGCAGAUGGUGCAGCAGGUGACCGGCGUGAAGUUCGGUGGCUUGAACGUUCAGCUCCCCGUCGCGCCGGUGUGGACGCCCGAUCCAUCAAAUCCGGUGCAGCCUGGUGGAGGAUUACCAACACUGGACGCGUCGGCUUUUUUACUGGACGGCUCAGUUUCGUCUCUGGUGUCUCAGCCAUAUGCGGCGGUGGGGGACGGUGGCGCCGCUGCGACAGAGCGCUACUUUGACUCUUUUUGUAGCUUUCCCACUCUCGAGUCAUGGAAAGCUAUGUAG